AUGAGUUCCUCAUCCACUGCCCACUCUUCAAUUCUUCACCCCAUCUCUUCCGAUUACACUGACUCACAGGAUGGUACUGAUCAUACUUCCAAUCACUGGUGGAUGCGGGCAGUAUCUAUACGGCGCCUUCAGUAUGCUUUUGGCCAAAAGCUGGACCUUAACAGCCGCUGGUUCAAUAUUUAUCUACGGUCUGACCUGCAUCUUGCAUUUGAUAACAAAAAAAACCCAGGCUGGGUUCUGGUUCCCCUUGAAGCUGACGUUCAGCAGAUUAUCAGCAAGAUUGACGCCUUAAAGCAAGAUCGUGAGUCUAGGGGCAAUUGUGGUCCAUGGCCUGACUUUUGGAGCAGAGAAUGGUUUCCUGUCAAAAAAUCUGGAUACACUUACGAGUUCAUGCCCUUGUUUGUGGCCAACAAGGAUAUUGCCAUCAUGCGCUACGAAUGGGACCAAGCAGAACCGCGUCAAGAUCUUUACUAUCCGCCAUUCUCUGAUUUCCCUCUUUUGAAGUCACAUGUUCACCCGUAUGCUGUCAUUUUCAAUGCUCAAUUGCUUGAUCUUGGUUACGUUUAUGACUCUCUAGCAAAUGCGUCAAACAAUGCUGCUCCACCCGGUUUAUAUCCCUUGCAACGGGGAUCCUCACGCAGCUCUCCUGCGGGUACAACUAACAACCAUGCCUCCCAGACCCCGCAAUAUCUUGAAACACCCAAUUCAAUCCAUGAGGUUGAUUGUUCCCAAACUCCAGUUGGCUCUCAAAGGGGCUCUGGUCAGGAUAAUCUCAACCAUUUGUUUGACGAUCUGGAACACGAACCCAGCAAGUUGGUAGACCAUAGCUUGGGCAAAUCCCUCUCUGUUUCUACUCCAAAUGGUUUGAUUCCUAGCUUGAGCCCAUCCCCCUCCCUUUCAUCCCCGUCCCGGGUCUCAUUUGCUUGA